CGCACCAGAAGCCAAGUAGUCACCAAGUCGUCAGUUCGACUGUGUGGUGCCACUGGGAAAGCGUGAACAGUGCCCGUCUGUCUUGUAGUGCCGUAGGAGACUCGGCAAGGCACUGUUGGUGGUGAUCUGGAAGAUACCAGCUUUGUUUUCUUCCCCAUUUUAAGAGCCACAAGAUGGAGCCACGCGUAGUGGUCGUCCUGGCGCUUCUGGGGGCAGUCUCAGCGGCUCCCCAGCUCUGGCUGUCCGAAAAGUCACACCUGGGCCUGGAACAAGCGCUGGGCGGCAGGGUUCCCGUGGGCGUGUACAGUGCCAACAAGAUCUACAAGGGCUACGAGGGCGAGGGCAGUGACGUGAUCGUGCUCAACAUCCCGGGCCUGUCUCACCCUGUUGGCAGAGACGACUUCGACCUGGGCAGUCCUGAAAGCAACGAACUCCUGCCUUCAACUCGCACAGCAGGCGCUGCCACCCUCUCGGCCUCAGCCAACGCAGCAACCCGCAGCGGCCCGGCACUCUUUGCUGUGCUUGACUCCCUGGAAGAGCCGCAAGACGUCCUUGAUUCAGCAGAAGACACAGCGGAGGAUGUGAGAGACGCACUGGAAGACGCAGCUGACGAUGCGAGAGACGCACUGGAAGACGCGGCGGAAGAAGCGAGAGAUGCACUGGAAGACGCAGCAGAGGAUGCGAGGGAGGCACAAGAGGAAGCAGCUGAAGAUGCAGCAGAACUUGCGCUCACCAGAACUGCUGCAGCUGGCGUAGGAGUGCCACUAAAUGCUGCUGUUUCUGGUGCUGCUGCGGGCGGAGGAGUGCCUCUGAGUGCUGUUUCUCCUGCUGCUGCUGCAGGUCCUAGGGCUGCGGCUGGUGGUGGAGUACCUCUCAGUGCCGCUGUUGCUGCCGCAACCCCUGGUGCUGCUGCGGGCGGAGGAGUGCCUCUGAGUUCUGUUUCUCCUGCUGUUGCUGCUGCUGCAGGUUCCAGAGCUGCGGCUGGUGGUGGAGUACCUCUUAGUGCCGCUGCUGCUGCAGCAACACCUGGCGCUGCAGCUGGCGGAGGAGUUCCUCUUAGUGCUGCUUCUUCUGCUGCUACUGCUGGCGCUGCCCCUGGCGUUGCAGCAGGUGGAGGAGUACCUCUUAGUGCUGUUUCUCCUGCUGCUGCUGCUGCAGGCAGUGGUGCUGGUGCUGCUGCUCCCGCAUUUGGCGGACUGUUGAGGAGUGAAGUGGAAGAGGAAUUACUGGAAGCGAGAGAGGACGCACUUGAACUUGAAGGACUCAGAAGAGCUGCAGCUGCUGCUGCCGCAUCAGGGAACACUCUUCUGGCGGGACAACUUAUGAGAGAAGCAGUAGAGGAAGCAGCAGAAGCAGCGCGUGAAGCAGCAGAAGAUGCAGCAGAACUUGAGGCGACAAGAAGAGCAGCAGCAGCUGCUGCAGCAGCAGGGAACACCCUCCUGGCGGGACAGCUCAUGGCAGAGGCGGCAGAAGAAGCAACAAAAAUCGCCUUACAAGCAUCAUCGAACGCAAAUGUCGCCAGAAAUAUGGCACGUUUUGCCCAAGAGGUGGCGCUGAGGGCAAGGGUGGCCGCCGCUGAGGCCGCUGAGGACGCCCGAGAACUGCAGCAAGAAGCCGCCGAGGACGCCGCCGAGGCCGCCCUAAAUGCCAGAUUAGGGCUGGGUCAGGGUGCUACCAACACAGGCGGCGUCCCCCUCCCUGCAGUAUUGAGGAGGAAGAGGAGUUUUGGCAGCAGUGAUGAUAACGAGGAUGAUCCCUUCAGCAACUCGAGGGCUGAGGAUGGAGCCUUCGCCCUCUCCAGCCUUGGCAUUCUCCUUGGUUCCAACUUGGGGAGAUGGUUUGACGAUACUUACGACGCCAAUGUGAAGUUCUUUAGAGGUAUGCGAAUUACCGGGAACCUUGUCCUGACUCAGCUAGACGCCAUGCUGGAGGAGGAUAAGAAUUAACGGAACAAUACGAGGAUGAGGAGCAGGAAGGGGAGGUGAUGAUGGUGGUGUUUAUUUACAACUUCUCUCUUUUCACUGUUGUUUAUUUAUUUGUUGUUGUUGCUAUUGUUGUGAUAUUAUGUAUAUUGUUGUUCUUGCUUACCAUUAUUAUUAUUAUUAUUAUUAUUAUUAUUAUUAUUAUCAUUAAUUAUUAUUAUUAUUAUUAUUUAUCUUUAA